ACCGCAACCUGCUACUGACGCGUCGCCCACUACAUUUCAAACGCGAGCGCGAGCCGCAACUUUACACGCGUGUUUCCCUCUUCACCGUGCUUGUCGUCGUCAAAUAAAAGGGGUUGUAAUAGCGCACGUGCGUUCACAGUGCCAUCUGAAAGUUUUUAAAAAAAUACUUGAAAACUUUUUCUUCAACUUUUGUUUUGUGUUUUUUUGCUUGUGUUUCGCAAAAAGUGUGUUUUUGGUUGGUUUUUGUUUGUGUCCGUUAUUUUGUCGCAUUCGCGAUGUGCGUGGGCGCUUUUGGUUUGUUGUUUGGUUGCCGCUGAGAGUGUGGUUUUCAUCCCGGCGAAUAUAUUCUGGACGUUGCGAUCCGGUUACUGGGGCAAUGUCACGACGGAAACAGAGUAAUCCCAAACCGCUUAAAAGCGAUCCACAUGAAAAACUUCCUGUGUCCAGUUCAAACUCGCGUGAAUUCGAGGAGGCCACAUCGGAGGAAUUGAAUAAAAAAGGUGAAGAUGAAGAAUGGGCCAAGGAGACAACCUUGUCCUCGAAGGACUCGGACACACAGGAUGGUAAAUCCGAAGGUGCAAAAACACCUCCUCUGCUGGAAGAGACCAAAAAACCGCCGAAACUUGAAGAGUCUUCAAUCACACCACGAAUACGUUUGAAAACCAACCUGGCGACAGAUCCAGCCCUUCAUUCUCCUAUGUUAACCAUAAAAGAUGUCCCUGAUGCAUCAAUGAUCCCCACCCUGUUAGCAGGUUACCUACCACCUGAUAAGGUCUUAGCCAACGCUCGAAAUUUUCUGUCACUGGCAUUACUUAACGCGGAAUCAUCCGCAUCAAGGGUUGAAGCGCCACCUGCUGCACAACCUGUGCCAAGCGGAUUCACAUGCAUACCUUGCGGAAUUCGGUACUCGUCAAUGAGUACCCUGGAAGCUCAUCAAACGUAUUACUGCUCGCAUCGCGCGAAUAAAAACGCCGACGAUGAUUCGAAGGUCACCAACGGUGAACCCAGCGGGAAUCAAUCAGAUGCUGAUCCGUCUGAUGUUGCUCCCAAGGCGGCGAAAACCGGCAAACAAUACACAUGCACCCAUUGUUCAUACAGCGCUGAUAAGAAGGUUAGUUUGAAUCGUCAUAUGCGGAUGCAUACGGUCUCGCCUAGUCCCGCCGCCGUCGCCGUCCCCAGCGUACCAGCAAUCGUCCCCAAUGGGGAGGUGCUUAACGUUGCUGCGGCUGUCGCUGCUGCUGCAUCUGAUAAUCAGGACAGAUAUUGUACACCAUGUGACAUACGCUUCAAUUCGUUGAAGACUUACAGAGCACAUAAGAUGCAUUAUUGCAGUUCACGUCACAUGAUGAAACAAGCAGCUGGUAAGGCUGCAUCAUCAUGUAAUUCCGGUUCGACACCCACUUCUCCGGUGGAUACCACAUGCCGGUCACCAUCUUCCCCUGGCACUUCCGGUCCUGGCUCAGCGCCUGGUUCUCAACAACCUGUUUUGGCUCUACCAACGAAUCCCAUAAUCUACGUGCCAUUUUCACUGUUACGAGGUGCUAGCAUGCUACCGGAUAUGAUCCCGACCAUGUCCGGAGCACCACCUGUUAUACUCCUACCGGAUGGCACCCUGCAACCGAUGCCAUUACUUCUGCCUCAGGUGGCGAACACAGAAGUGUUGAAAUCCGCGAAUAAAACCAAGGAACCUCUGGUGAAGAGUGAUCCUGGUACACCUCUGGAUCUUUCCGUGCGGAAAACCCCGGAACCGAACAAAAUCAAAAACGAAAAUAACGAGCAUGAGAAGGAGAACAUCAAGCAGUAUAAUAUCCCAUCGGAAAAAUCGGAUAUUACAUCGAUGCACACCUCACCACCAGUCACACCAUCAUCUCAAAGUUCUUCGACGUCCCCGAAGAGGAAACAUGAGGAUACCACAUCGCGGAGUAACAGUCCCCGAAUGGUAAGACCUAAAUCUUCUGAUGCGGAGAGAACUAGUAGGACUAGUCCGGAAGUACCCACCGUGCCAUACGCUCUGCAGAAUAUCAGCACCAUGUUGUUACGAGGUGCAACCUUAGCCAAUCCGCUGAUACCACCAGAGGUACAACUGCGUUUGGCUGGUACGGACUUACCAACAAUCCCAGCUGCUACCACACCGCAGAUCCUGGUCAAACAAGGUGUUUCCAAGUGCAAAGAAUGCAAUAUUGUGUUUUGUAAACAUGAGAACUAUUUGGUUCACAAGCGGCAUUAUUGUUCAGCCCGGGUGCAUGAUGAUGAAACAUCUAGGACCUCGGGUAGUCCCCCGGUGAGUCCGGGGAGUGCUGGUGCGACUAGUCCCGCCGCUGCGCAGUACCAGCAAUUGAUCUGCAUGGCUUGCGGUACUAAAUUCGGUUCGAUUGACAAUCUCACCGCUCACCAGGCGUAUUACUGCACGAAACGGAAUCAGGAUGUGGUGAGGUGUUCCAAGUGUCGCGCGAUUGCGGAACCUGGUCAUCAGUGUGCCACCCCAACAGGACCUGUGAGUGGAUGGAAGUGUCCACGAUGUGAUGUAGUCAGCAUCACGCCUAGUGCUGCGCAAAGACACAUGGAAUCACACGCAGUGAAGGCUUACAGGUGUACCAUCUGUAGAUACAAGGGGAAUACCCUACGUGGGAUGAGGACUCAUAUUCGGAUGCAUUUUGAUAAGCGAUCGCCUGAUUUACAGGAGGAAAAGUACAUCUCAUACAUUUUCGAGGAUGACGCCCAGAAUACCAUCGAAGUGAACAUAGCGCCAUCUACAACUUCCACUACCGAUGAUCGUACUACUUCUCCCUCGUCAGAGGGACGAGCUGAAACCGUGCAUCAAUGUUCACACUGCUCUUUCACUGCCGCCAGCAAGGCGAAUAUCAUCCGCCAUGUUAAGACAAUGCAUACACCGACAGAACCGCCUCCUACAAAUGGUACUCCUGCUCCCAGACCUUCCGCGCCCAGCGAGGACCAACCCCCACUCUCUUCCAGUCCUAUUUCUAUUGUUGACGAAGAAGACGAAGUGGUGGUAAAGAAAGAAGCCAUUGAACCGGAAGUUAUUAUUGCUCCGGUAGAUGACGCUCCACCUGCUGUCACCCCGCAAACGGAAGCCGAUUUAAAACUCGAGGGGUUGUCGGAAGAGGACGCUGAGAUCUUGCAGGAGGCGUCACGCGCAGGUCCCAAGUACUGUCGGUCGUGCGACAUCUCCUUCAACUACUACAACACGUUCAUUGCGCAAAAGUACUACUGCUCUAGUCACGCCGGCGAGGUGACCGCCUCCUCGACGAAUAAUAAUAAUCCGGCGACGGCGACACGACCCACUGAGGCGUCGGUGCUGUAAUUGACCUCGCAGUUGUUGUUAUAUUGAACGUUGUUGUGAGCCAGUGUCCGCGAGGUGGCGCUGACUCCUCUGCAUAUGUAUACGCGCAUUUGUAAAGUGAACGUUUUUACGUUUUCAGUGUUAUAUCAAUUAGGGGGUGCAAUAUUAUGCGAGAAGCAAACAAAGCAAGUUUUAAAAACACACGUCUUAAAAUUUAAACUAUUAACGAUUAAGCGAUUCCAUUAAAUUUACGACGGCGAGCGAGAGCGGUGUAAUUGUUUAGUUGUUUGUUUUAAAUUUUAUUUAUAUGCCAAAGCAUUUAUAUAUUUUAUUAUCUGAUGAUUUUACUUGUGCUCGAAUCGUACCGAUAUAUAUAUAUGUUGUCGACCGCAUAUGCCAGUUACGCGAUGUUUGUUACUACCAAUUAUUACAAAUAUUAUCGUUUCUUCAUCCACACACUCUUCAUCAUAUAUUUAAGAGAUGACUUCUGUAUAGCCUGUACGUUUGAGUUCUUUGAGUGGACUUUAUGUACUGAUGCGAGACGAUAAGUAAUAUUUAAAUUAGUCACGGUGUUGUGAACACCAAUUAUUUCAUUAACUAAGGUAUACAGUAAACCUUUACGAAGACAAUAAAUUAUUUAUUUGUAAUGGUAAA